AUGGCUAAUGUAGAAGCAAUACCUGCGUAUCUCGCUGCAACGUUUCCCACACUGCCUUCUGAGAUUAAGGAUUAUGUUUCUUCGAUUCUCAAGGAAAACGUCGAUGAGCUCCUCACACUUGAAGACGGACCACAUCAUCCAGGUAAGAGCUAUGUCCAAGAGCUAUGUAACGAUGGAUUGAAUCGGGCAUGUCUGCAACUUCUACAAUUCCUGCAUGGAGAGAAUGCGCCAAAAGUUGAAAAACAUGGAGCGACUACAAAGAAACUGGAUCAGGCUGUGGAUAUGGCUGCUGAGAAUCACAGUUUUGCCGAGAUGGAGAGUAUAUGGAAGGUGCAAGCCAGAGAUGUGCCGACGUCAGUGGACAAGAAAAAAUUGGGAAAAGCUGAGAACCGUGCAGCACAGAAGAUUGAGCAACGUGAUGCUGAACCUGUGGUACGAAAGAAGAGGCCCGAGAGCACAGCAACGGCUUCUCAGGCCCCAGUCAAGGAUCUCGGAACUCGCGGUUCCAACGUGAAAGACGUGAAGUUGGAAAGCGUUGAUAUAUCGAUAGGUACAAAACAGUUAUUAUCAUGUGCGGAUUUGACCAUGGCAUACGGGCGUCGAUACGGUCUUGUAGGUCGCAACGGUAUAGGAAAGACAACGCUCUUGAAGAUGAUCUCAAGCGGGCAAUUGCGGAUACCAUCAGGAAUCAGUUUGCUUGCCGUAGAGCAGGAAGUUGAAGGUGAUGAUACCAGAGUACUGGAUGCUGUGCUGGCUUCCGAUUCACGACGGCAAGCGAUGAUCGACAAGGAACAUGUCUUGCAAGCAAGACUGAACAAGUAA